AAAUUUAUACAUUUAGAUCCAUUCACUAAUAACAUUCUUAUGAGCGACGAAGAAGAAUUUGAAAUGAGAAAUAAUAGUCCUCAACACCAAAUUCAUAGUCGAAAACGAAUUCGCAAAGAAAAAGUUUCACAAUCUUCAAUCCAGUCUUCUAAUACUUUUCGAGCACUUGAAAGUGAUGAACAUCAAAUCGGAAUUGAUUUAGAGAAUAAAAAACCGAUUGCAAUGAAAGAAACUGCCCUCGAAAAAAUUUCUAAACCAAAUAUUCGACAUAUUGAACAUUUAAAAAGCGAUAAAAGAAUUAACAUUAGAGCACGAGAGCCAGCGAAAACUAGAAAAUAUAACUGUGAUUUAAUGCAGACAUAUUUACCUUCAACAUCGCGUACAACAGAAUUUUCAGAUGAUUCAAUAGAAGCAAAGAUUGAUCGCAUAAUAAAUGGAAUGUCUAGUCUGAAUGUGUAUGUGAAAGAAAUCAGGAAAGAGCAGCGGAUUCAGGGGAAUAAAAUAGAUUAUUUACAUCAGCAAUUAUGCAUACCAACUCCUGAAACGUACCAAUUUAAUGAAAAAAUUAACUUGGAACUGCCAUUAACAGAUUUGGAAAAGUUCAAAGACUUCGAACUUAAAUUGCAAGAAGCUGAUUUUAGGCAGAAAUUCUCAUCAGUCUUAAAGAUCAAUUUUGACCCGAAGCUUAAUGUUAGGAAAAGCGUUACUAACAUAUUAAGAAAGGUUUUGUCAAAAAGCGUUGCACUUCAAUUUGUGACGUCAAAGCAAACUGAGGGAAAACAACUGUUCAAAGAUACUGAGCUAUUCUCUCUUCUUCUUUCUGUUAUUUCUUCUACCCACAAGGAAGGAAAAGAAAAUAAAGAUGCAGUGACCGAGAAAUCUUUAUUAAAAGAAUUAAGCUCUGUUCUCCCAAAUGCAAAAGACUGGGAUGGAGGACGUAGUAGUCCCAAAAAAAAGAUAUUUUAAAAAAUAAAAAUGCAAAAGGAGAAAUUGCAGGCGAAAGAGAAGACGGAGAAAACGAAGAAGACGAAGAAUGUUAAAUAAUAA